UUAAUACGAGUUGUUUAACCCAUAUCUCAGUAAGCUGGCUAAAAGAGCGAAUAUUUCCUGCACGGAAGGAGGAAUACUUUGUUGAGGACUGAGCUAGGCCUGUACCACACAAUGAAACUGUUUAAGGGUACAGUCAAGAUCAAAACCAACUACCUCCUUGUGUUCGCUGUUUGUAUGAUAAUAUGGCAGGUGCUUCAUCUGUUGUCGUGCAGCAGGUUUCGAAGCGCAAUAAGCAGCAACGUGUUGAUCGACUUACGAGGAAGUGACCGCAAGUCCGCUCUUAAAUUCAUUAAGGAUAAUACAGACAUUGUUGAUGACACAACCAACGAGGGGGACAGUUUGGAGACAAUGUUCACGAAAAGAUUAACCAAGGAACGACAGACGGAUAUCCCCGAGGUCAAGGUCACUCGAGCCAGCAGCUGUCGAGACGGUCUGAACCCUGAAUACCCAUGCAUUGAUACAAAUUGUACUGGACAGGUCAAGAGUGUGAACCAUACCAAUCUGAGGGAGUUCAUCGAUUCCCAGUACCGUGUACCAGAGGCGUACCUUGACGCCAUAGGCAAUAUGAGAAAGCGGACUCGCCACCACAAAGUAGUACUGGUCAGCGCAACAUCAGAUAACCAUUUCAUGGAAUCUCUUGUGUUCUUGAAGAAUGUCCAGGAGGUCAUGUUUCCCGCAAUGGCUAACAUCGAUUUCCAUUUUGUCAUGUACGACCUUGGAAUGACCUCCGAGCAGCGGGUUAAUAUGGAAAAUCUUUGUCAAUGUGAAGUCAGGGAUUUUCCUUUUGAGUCGUUUCCAAAGCGUCUUCAGCGCCUUAAGUGUUACACAUGGAAGCCUAUCAUCAUCUCGGCAAACCUACCCGUAUCUGACAUCCUCCUGUGGGCGGAUGCCUCCACCCGCUUCACCAACAUAAACAUGCUGCCGUUGCUGAAACAGAUUAAAGCCAGUGGUGUAAUGGUGUCAAAAAUAAUCCGCGCUCUCGGCCAACACUUCUCUCCAAAGAUGAUGGAAUAUUAUGGAGAGCGCUCUUGUCAUUUCUCGCCGUAUUGGGAAUUUGAGGCUAACUUUAUUGGAUUAGCAAACGACCGUUUUGUGAGAGAAGCCAUCAUCGCACCGUGGGUGUCAUGUGCUUUUGCGCCGGACUGUAUGUGCCCCGACGGAUCGCACAAAAUGUUAAAGUGUAAUGUUAAGGUAAGGGAGUAUAAUAAGUGUCACAGGUUUGACCAGUCCAGCCUUAAUAUUAUUUUGAUAAAACUGUUUCAAGACAAUAUGCAGAAAAUGACAAUGCCGAAAUCGUUGUUUCAUGAAAUCAAACGAGGAGACAGACUGGACAAGUAUGUUGACGUGAAACACCUGAGACAUAUCUGAAACACGAUUCGGGUUACUGUGUACAUAGUCUCUUGCAAUGUGAAUAAAUUGUAAUAUAAUCCUA